AUGCUCUUCAAGGCCUGGCGCACUGGGAGUCUCCAGUCUCGAGACGUACCGGAGCCGGCUUUGCUCAGCGCUGCCGACAAGCUUGUGAUUCGAACCAAGCUGAGGAUUCAGGGCGUUGUAGCGGUUGCUCGGGCAGUCCUGAUUUUCAUGCCCACUUUUUUGUUAAGGCCAAUCCUUCAAUUUGUCGAGGGGCCAACAGAGUCCUCCAUCGAGGAAGCUCAGGGUUAUGUGGUGCUCGUAUUUGUCACCAGUGUUUUGGCAUCCGCUGCUGAGGCUCGAACCAUCUGGCUUGGCCAGAAGAUUGGGCUCCGGCUGAAGACAAUCCUGAUCGGCGAGGUCUAUCACAAAGCCCUGAGGCGGCCGAUGGCCGUUGGAUCCUCGAGCGGUGGGCCUGAAGGGCAAACGGCUGAUAUUGGCACCAUCAUGAACCUCUUCACCGGCGAUAUCAACCAACUUGCUGAUUUGGGGCAAACAUACAUCAGGUCUGGGCCUCAGUCCCCGUUCAAAUAUUCAUGGCUGUCACGCUGCUCUACUGGACUCUGGGACUCAGCGCGUUUGCAGGAACUGUGGUGA